GAGUGUGGCUGUGCUACGCUCUGCAGUUCCCCUGGCCACUGUGUGAAAUCUUGCUGACAAGGAGACUGUGAGCUUGACACACUGUGCUGCGACAAUGCUGGGGCUGAGAAGAGCAAUCAAAAUGGUGGCGAUGCUCCUUCUCCCUGGCGUGGCAGGGCAAACAGGUUCUCAAGGAGGAGCCGAUAGAGGACGGCCGGGCAGGAAUCUGCUGCGGUCGACACAUUUGUCUCACAGACGGGUGCAAUGGAAAUAGUCUGGUGGAUAGUGGAUGUUCUUCAAAUGAGCCCAGUGAUGUAAACCUGGAUGUGAUUGUGAUGUUUUAUUUUUUUUUUUUGAAGAAAGCUCAGAGGCUACACAGAUAGCCUCUGCCACAGAGAGCUGUGUCUUUGCACUUAGAGUUGCUGUUCUAACUUUCACAAGUCUUCAACACAUUCUCGACUCCUUCUCAAUUGUAAAGCGUAUUCAUGCUACAGUAGUAGCUGAUCUGUGUGCUCAGGUUUUCUGCUCAGCUCCCCGGUUAAGGUCAUGUGAGUCAGGGCUGUUUGCCUGUGCUGUGGCAGAGAUGGCAUUUCCAGUAGUUUGUGUUGUAGUAAAGCAGGGCAGGAUUACUAACAGGGCAAAGUGAGCAACUGCUUAUAGGAGCCACACUCUCAGAGGCCCCCAGAGUCCCCAGGUCCUCUGUGUGGCAAUUACUUUGUAAUGUAAAUAAUUACAGAUCUGUCUGGUAAUAUACAGUGUAAAUGUGAAUUAAAAACUAAAAAGCACAGGGCCUUAAGGUGGCUCCUGCAUUUUUACUCAAUCUUGACGUCAUGUCUUGAGGGCCUGUGUCUAAAUCGUUAAUUAAUUGAUUAUUUGAUCGACAGAAAAUGAAUCAGUUUCAGUAAAUCUUCUGGUUCCAGCUUCUCAAGCAUGAGAAUUUGCAGCAUUCAUCCGUUUUAUAUCGACAUAAACUGAUAUAAUCACGGCCUGUUGCUUCCGUUUGUCAAACAAUGUGUCAGUAAAUUUGAUGUCUUUGGAUUUUAGACAAAGCAAGACAUUUGAAAAUGUUGUCAACUGUGAUGAGCAAUUCUCACUUUCUUCAGACGUUAUGACAAAAAGAUGAAUCGAUUAAUCAAGAAAGUAAUCAUCAGAUUAAUCAGUAAUGGAAAUGACUAUUAGUUGUAGCCCUCCUAAGUUGAAUUUAGUAUCUUGAGUAUUUUAAUUAAUUUUCUCCUUACAUGGUGCAUAUCUUUAAAUAAAUUUGUGUGUAAUCAAUUUAUCACAAGCUAAAUGACACAGAGCACCCUGGGGCAUGAUAAUAUUCCAGCGCACAACUUAGAAAUACUGUUUGGUUUCUGGGACUUGAGGCAAAAUGCACUGAGGGAACGUGUGUGUUUUUUGUGUGUGUUUUUGUGUGUGUUCACGCAGCAGUGAAUUAUUUAAAGUACCUCGCAACAUGCUAUAAGAUACUGCACUAUGUCAUGGCAACAUAAACAUUUAACACCGGCAUAAAUGUUUCAUUUUAUUUAUAUUGAUUCUUGUAGGUUUAAUUGUAGUUUCAUGGCGCAAAGAAAAUAUUGGUGACAUGUCUGGAGCGCGACAAAGGCUGUCAGAAUCAAACCGGUUGAAAUUUACCUCUGCAUGAAAUAUUUAAUGCACAUUGUUACUGCAGUUCAGCUUUAAGGUGACAGGGCAGAACUGAACUAUGGUAGAUACUUUUAGAAAAAAAAAAAAAAAAUUACAUAACUGGAUUUUUGCAAGGUAUUUCAGGAUUACGCUAAAAAAGCUCAACAGAGAGGACAGGGGAUUAAACAGGAGAGACUUCUGUGAUGGUUUGAACACUGGAAGGAAGCGGUUGUGAAGCUCAUCACUCACUCGGAUACUCUUUCUGGGUCUCUCGCACUCACACUCACACACACGCACACAACUGCUCUCUCUCUCUCUCUCUCUCUCUCUCUCUCUCUCUCUCUCUCUCUCUCUCUCUCCCUCCCUCCCUCCCUCUCUUUCAUUCAGUCACUCACAUUGGGUGAUGCACUCCUCCAUUCUUCUCUACCUGGGGCAGUGAAGAAGGCUAGGGAGGCGCACAAAAGCAAAUUGAAAUGCUCCAGUGAGUGCUUUCUUGACAUGAUGCAUGGCUCAUGAGAUGCAGCCUGGCCCUGCUGCUACACUUACACAGUGAACCAACUCUGUCAGCCUCGAGCUGCCUGUGGUGGAAAAAAUCCUGAAUUCUUUGGAGACGCCCGUUCCUUGGGCAGUGUGGUGCCACCGGACAAGGCCUUCAUUGAGCAGGAACAGGAGUGGUCUUGUAGAAGGGAUCCACACUGGCUCGGCCUACGAAGCAACAGAGCUGUCCAAGGACGAUUAAAUAUUUAGGAGCUUGGAAAGGAGGUCUCAGUGGUUUCCCUGAUUUUCCAGGGAGUGCUCCCUCUUUGUAGCGAUGGAGGUACUGCAGUGUGAUGGCUGUGACUUCCGUGCCGAGUCAUAUGAUGACUUGAAGACCCAUAUUCAGGAAGUGCACACUGUUUUCCUGCAGCCUGCAGAUGCAGAUGAGUCUGACUCUCUGAAAGACGAGGACGAAGACGAGGAGGAAGAAGAGGAACAUGAGGACUAUGAGGAUAAGGAUGACAAGGAUUAUACGCCUCCUAAAGCUGGAAUGAGCCCCAACUCUGCUGACAGUUCCAACCAAACGUCACAAAAGCAGACCGCUGAAACCCAUCUGCCAUUUUACCAGUGCAAGUUCUGUGUCCGUUACUUCAGAUCAAAGUCAUUCUUAAGAAACCACACCAAAAAAGUGCACAAUGUUGCAGAGGAAGAUCCAGAUGCAAGUAUCUCCUCACCGACAGCUAAGCAGCCCAGCUACACCGUUGUAAUGCACAACGACCAUUCAAAAGUGUACUCCUGUCAGUAUUGCACGUACAAGUCUCCACGCAGAGCGAGGAUAAUGAAACACCAACUAAUGUAUCAUAGCAAAGUUCCCUCAGAGAGCACUGGAGAUCCUUCAGAAUACGCUGAGACUGCAGAGGAGUCUGACUCAGCCGGUGGACUCAUGAAGGGAAUGUUUGCCUGUGAAUGGUGUGACUAUCAGACUGACCAGAAGGACAGCUGGACUAGUCACGUGGUGAAGGAGCACAGCGACAAGGUCAAGAUAGUUUCCUGCAUUGCGGAGCUGGAGGGGGAGGCAAGUGCAAACUCGCCCAAGCCAGAUUCUCCCUCUAGCCCGACUAGAUCAAAGAUGAGCUUUGCUGAUGUUCGCGGGAAGGAGGAGGAGGAGGAGGAGGAGGAGACGGGAGAAAAAACACCAGAAAACACAGCGGAGAAGUCAGUCCCAGACAUCUCAUCCUUUCAGUAUGCACAGAUUAGUGCAGUAACACCCAACAGCACAGGUUCCUCUAUUUUGUCCAAGAGGUUUGCUUCAUCUGAUGCCCCCAACAGUGUCAUAGAGAUGGAUGCCAACUUACUCAACGAGGAAGACUCUAGGAGCAGCUUAGAGGAUGAUGACGAUGAAGAGCUGGGCGAUAUAGAUGAUCCCAGCUACACUGGAACCCUGUCAGCAGACGCAAAGCAGCUUUUAACUGAUGAGGAUAACAAAUUGCUGGAGACUAAAGGAAUACCUUUCAGAAAGUACAUGAACCGCUUUCAGUGCCCCUUCUGCUCCUUCCUCACCAUGCACAGGCGGAGCAUUUCCCGCCACAUUGAAAACAUUCACCUUUCUGGCAAAACCACAGUGUAUAAAUGUGAUGAAUGCCCAUUUAUUUGCACCAGUCCUCUUAAACUAGGCGCGCACAAACAGAGCCACAGUUCCUCAGAUUUAGAGACCAUGGACCUAACGAGCGAUAGUCCAGAACCUCAGAGUGAAAACGCUGAAGAGCCAGUGAAUGGGGGUAACGUAAGCUCCAAAGUCAAUGGAAAAAAGACGACCAGCACAUCGAACGACCAGCAGAACCCUCAUCGCUGCACGCUCUGCAGCUUUUCCACCACCACUCUGAAAGGCCUGAGGGUUCACCAGCAGCAUAAGCAUUCCUACUGUGAUGACCUAGAUCCCUCUGUCUUUGAAAGCCAGCUGACUGACCAGCCAGACUCUGAGGUGGACGCUUCUCCAAUCUUUCUACAAAAAACCCAGACCUCCAUUUUAGGGCUUGCCACCAAAAAGCCCCUAGUAACAGGGAAAAGAGCCAGGAAGUCCAUUAAUGACUUGCCUUUGGACUUGUCCUCGGUCAAGAAGCGAACUAGAAUUGAUGAAAUUGCGAGUAACCUUCAAAGUAAGAUAAGCCAAAGCCAACAGGACAUGAUCAUAAAUCUGGAUGACAUGGAUGAAGAAGAUGCAGGAGAAAAUCACACCGGUGCUGAUAAAGAGGGGAGAGACCAUGACAGCCAAAACCCAGUUUUUACCUACAACACACAACAGCUUCAUGGGAGAGAAUCAAUGAUCUCUCACGAGGGAGGCAGAAUAGGGAAAAGAAAAAGCAAUCCCAAAUCAAAACCUAGAAACAUUCCUAUAUCACUGACUCUCUCAGAUGAUAGUGAAAACAUCUCUGCUGAUCCCACUGACGGCACUGUCCAGGAGAACGCUGAAUAUUCAGAGGAAACCGGAACUACACGUUUCUACUGUAAACACUGUGAUUACCACAACAAGUCGGCUCGUAGCGUCAGCACCCAUUACCAGAGGAUGCACCCGUACAUCAAGUUCAGCUUUAAGUACAUCCUGGACCCCGAAGACCAGAGCGCGGUCUUCCGCUGCUUAGAGUGCUACAUUGAAUACACAAAUUACAAUGAUCUACACCAACACUACAUGGAUCACCACCCUGAAGCAAGCAACGUGCUCAACUUCAACCAACCGCAUCUGUUAUACUUGUGCCGCUUUUGUUCAUAUACGAGCCCCAAUGUCAGGAGCCUAAUGCCCCAUUACCAAAGAAUGCACCCAACAGUGAAGAUCAACAACGCCAUGAUCUUCUCCAGCUAUAUCGUGGAGCAGCCCCACAAAGCAGGUGAAUCGCAAACUCUGAGGGAAAUAUUAAACUCUGGCCCCAAGACGUUUAACUCGGCCACGUCGACGCCCAGGUCCUCCUCCAGCCCGGUGCUGAAAACCGUUUCCAAGACCCCUGAAGCUAGUGCUGAGGCAGACUCUCUUAAAGAGGCCAUGGGUGGUAACGUUGUUGUCUACGAUUGUGACGUGUGUUCCUUUGCUAGUCCCAACAUGCACUCUGUUUUGGUGCACUACCAGAAGAAACACCCAGAGCAAAAGGCGUCUUAUUUCCGUAUACAGAAAACCAUGAAGGUCAUGUCAGUGGAUCAGUCGCAGCCUGUAGCCAACUCUUCGUUUAACCUCAGCAUGUCUACGCCGCCGAAACAAUCAAGCGCAGCACUGUACGGAUCAGAUGAAGAAAUGUACUACUGUAAACACUGCGUUUACAGCAACAGAUCCGUUGUUGGUGUGUUGGUCCAUUAUCAGAAAAGACACCCAGAAGUAAAAGUAACUGCAAAAUAUAUCAAACAUGGCGCUCCCACCCCUGGUUUGAUGAAACUAAUGGAUGAAUUGCAAAUUGCGGCUCCCAAACAGUUUUUGAAGCAGUUUCAAAAUAAUGGUCACGAUGGAUCGAACAACUCGAGCCCUAAACCGGGAAGUGGUGAUAAAGGUGAGGAUGAGCUGUUCUUUUGUCAGCACUGUGAUUAUGGCAACCGCACUGUAAAAGGAGUGCUCAUUCAUUACCAGAAGAAGCACAGAGAAACCAAGGCCAACGCUGACCUCGUACGUCGUCACACUGCAGUUGUCCGGAGUCAGCGUGAGCGUGCACAGAUGGUUCAGUCAGGUAGCGUCUCUUCUGCCAUGAUCCCAGCCCCUCCUGACCCUGAAACCGCUGCGCCCCUGCGUAACCUCAAGUGCAGACACUGUUCCUACACAUCCCCCUAUGUCUAUGCCCUGAAGAAGCAUCUGAAGAAAGAGCACCCCACUGUGAAAGCCACGGCCAUGACCAUUUUACACUGGGCUUACCAAGAUGGCAUACUGGAGGCUGGCUACCACUGUGAAUGGUGCAUCUACUCCCAUGCUGAACCCCAGGGUCUGCUGCUCCAUUACCAAAGACGCCACCCUGAGCACAACGUCGAUUACACAUACAUGGCCAGCAAGCUAUGGGCUGGGCCGGAAACCACCCAACAACAAGGAGGCAAUAUGGAAACCAAACAUUACAAAUGCAGAGACUGCGCCUUUGAGGCCUGUACAAUAUGGGACAUCACCAGUCACUAUCAGGCGGUCCACCCCUGGGCCAUCAAAGGGGAUGAAUCUGUGCUGUUGGAUAUCAUCAAAGGGAAUGGCUCAGCUGAAAAGAUCCACCAGCAGGUCGCCAAAGAACACGUGUCUUUCAACUGCCAGUCUAUUGAAGAUGAUGGAGCGCUGGUCAUCGCCAUCCCACCUCAAGAAAGCAAUCCUCAUCCUUCCCACCCACGUCUUUCCAUCUCUAACAAUCCCUAUCAGUGUACUGUAUGUCUGUCAGAGUACAACAGUCUCCAUGGCCUCCUCACACACUACGGAAAGAAGCACCCAGGCAUGAAAGUAAAAGCUGCAGAUUUUGCACAGGAGGCAGACAUCAACCCCAGUUCUGUGUAUAAAUGUCGUCACUGUCCAUAUGUAAACUCUCGCAUCCACGGUGUCCUCACCCACUAUCAGAAAAGGCACCCGUUAGUGAAAGUCACCGCGGAAGAUUUUGCAGAUGACAUAGAGCAAAUCACUGACUUAAAUGAAGGAGAUGACAAGUGCAAAACUCAAAGGCAGGGCUACGGCGCAUACAGAUGCAAAAUGUGCCCGUACACACAUGGGACACUGGAGAAACUCAAAAUCCAUUAUGAGAAGUAUCACAAUCAGUCUGCCUCUGAAAUGUUCUCUCCCUCUCUGACAAAUUUCUCUUCUGGUAAAGACACAGAGCCAGUAGCUGAAUGCAGUGCUAGUAAUCUAUCAAGUGCAGCAAAAGUCCAGGAGGUCAGUGAAUUGGACCUUGCCCUCUCCCAGUUACCCAUCAAUAAGACAGAAAAACAUGCUGUAUUCAAGUGUCAACUCUGCAAAUACUUCUGUUCUACCAGGAAAGGCAUCGCUCGCCACUACCGUAUCAAGCACAACAAUGUCCGUGCUCAGCCAGAGGGUAAAAACAAUGUCUUCAAAUGUGCUCUGUGUUCAUACACAAAUCCUAUACGCAAAGGCCUGGCAGCACACUACCAGAAGCGCCAUGAUAUUGAUGCCUAUUAUACCCAUUGUCUGGCUGCUUCCAAGACUUUAAGCGAGAAGCCCGCCAAAGUGAUAGCACCCCCGCUGUCAGAGGGAGACAAUUCAGAAAUGAGUGAAGACCUACGUUUGGCUGUGGAGAGACGAAGGUGUUCUCUUUGCGCCUUCCAGGCCUUCAGCAGGAAGAGCAUUGUCUCACAUUACAUUAAACGCCACCCAGGUGUCUUCCCCAAGAAGCAGCAUGCUAGCAAGCUUGGUCGCUACUUUACCGUUAUCUAUGCCAAAGAACCUGAGAAGAUUGCUGUGGAAGAGGAAGAGAAGGAAGUGCUGGAGGUUUCGAUUGAACCCGACCAGGACAGAGAGGUUGAGUGGCUGCCAUAUAAGUGUCUAAAAUGCUUCCGGUUGUCUUUCAGCACAGGCGAGCUGCUCUCUAUGCACUACAAUGACCACCACAGCAAUGACUUGAAGAGGGAUUUUAUGGUGUCGCCCGGUCCUGGGGACGAGGACUCUGAGUUGUACCAGUGUUCUCACUGUGAGCUGAAGUUCCUGGCUCUCCCAGUUCUGGCCAGACAUCUACUGAAUCACAGUGAGGAGUUUCAGAAGAGGGCCAUGAGGCAGGAGAGGAGGAAGCAGCUUCUCAGCAAACAGAAAGCCACAGAGCUACCUGACAACAGACCUGACAAGGAAAGCCCUGUAAAUAAAACUCCCAUAGGAUUCAGGUGUAACUUCUGCAUAGAGGUGCACCCCACCCUCCGAGCCAUCUGCAACCACCUGAGGAAGCACGUCCAGUAUGGAGAGGUCAAAGAGGGACAUGUCAAGCAGGAAGUCAGCGAGGUCCCCCUGACCCUGCCUUCAGAGGGCCUAACCAAUGGCGACCUGGAAGGGGAUGAAGCAGCUGAAGCAGAGGGCCCGUCCUUGGUUUCCACAGCUUCUGGCGGUGUUGCUGUGGCCGCAGAGACGGCUGAUCCAGAAAUGGAUGCCGUUGAAGGAAGCGCAGCGGCCCUCGUGGCCGUGGUGUCAGAGGGCCAGUUGAAGCAGCGCUUAGCAGCAGGGGGUCACCCGUGUGCCCAGUGCGACCGAGUCUUCAUGUCCAUGCAGGGACUCAGGUCCCACGAGAGGAGCCACUCAGCCAUGGCGCUGUUCAGCAGAGAGGACAAAUACAGCUGCCAGUACUGCCAGUUCGUCUCACCCUUCAGGCACAACCUGGACAGACAUGUGCAGUCUCACCACGGGCACCACAAGCCCUUCAAGUGCAAGCUCUGCCCCUUUAAAUCUGCCUACGUGAGUCGCUUGAAGAGCCACCUGCAUAAGGCACACACAGGUGAGCAGCACACAUACAAGUGCUUGUCGUGCCCCUUCUCCUCCAUGACCAUCAGCCAGCUGAAGGAGCACUCUCUGAGAGACCACGGUGAGGCCCUGACCCUCCCCAAACUCCGGGCUGCUACCCAGGCUGCUCAUGCCACCCUCAGGCCCUCCCGGCUGGCCAGUAACACAGAACAGACUCCCUUGGCCUCAGAUGAUCCAUCGUACCUGGAGCCAGCCGAUGUUCGUCAGCAGCUUAGUCAUUACCAGCUGGCCUCCCGCAGUCAAAUGUCUUCCGGCUCGAUGCCCGGUGGCUCGACAGUGGCUGACCAUCGACCAGACGGCGUCCUCACUUGUGAGUUCUGUGAGUUCAGCUCUGGCUACAUGCAGAGCCUUCGCCGCCACUACAGGGACCGCCACGGUGGCAAGAAGCUCUUCAAGUGCAAAGACUGCUCCUUUUUCACAUGCUACAAGAAUACCUUCAGCAUGCAUGUGGAGGCCGGACACAACAACAAUGCACCUGAAGAUCUCCCUAAAGACCUACGCUGCCCUCUCUGCCUCUACCACACCAAACACAAGAGCAAUAUGAUUGACCACAUUGUCCUGCACAGAGAGGAGCGAGUGGCUCCACUGGAGGUCAGCCGCUCCAAGCUGUCACGCCACCUUCAGGGCCUGGUAUUUCGUUGCCACAAAUGCACCUUCACAUGCUCGAGUGACCAGGCCCUGCAGCUGCACCUGCAGAAGCACGCUGAGAUCAAGCCUUACCAGUGCCAGCUCUGCUAUUAUGACAGCAGUCGACGGAGUCAGCUAGAGGAGCAUCUCCGCCUUGAGCACAAGGUUAUCCGCAACUUUGAGCUGAUGGGCCGAGUCAACCUGGACCAGCUGGAGAUGAUAAAAGAACACGGGAGCAGCGCAGAGGAGGAAGAGGAGAGAGAAAUGAUUGAGAUGGUAGUAGAUGGAAAAGUUCCUACAGAAGAGGAGGAGGACGACGACGAAGGAAUGGAACUCAUGGAAAACAUAGUGCAUGAACAGAGAGAGGUGGAUGAUGAAGAGAUAGGGGACAACAUCAAAGAGGAAGAGGAAGACGAGGAGGAGGAGGAAGAAGAAGAGGAGGAAGUUAAGGGGGUGGAGGAAGCGAAGCCAGCCCUACAAGAGGUCCUUGCAUCUCCUACCAGCAGUAGCAGCAGCAGCAGCUCUGGGCCGAGCACUGUCGAGAAGCGUCUUCCCUGCGAGUUCUGUGGCCGAUGCUUCACCAACAGCCUCGAGUGGGAACGACAUGUCCUUCGACAUGGCAUGAUGGUUAACAACAGUCGGAUGGACACCAGCACCACUGCAGCAAUAGAGGCCUCAGCUUCAUCUUCCACUGGCUCCUCUGUCCUGAUGGACACAGGACUGGACAUGUCCAGCAUCAGAAAAGAGGAAGGGAACCCUGCUGAUCUAUCACUGAGAAGUCAAAGCCAGUAUAUGGAGGACAAAGAAAUGCUCGACACCAAAAAGGAUCAACAAUUUGGUUGAACAGAUUGUGGCCUCUUGGGAUAUUGUGCUAGAAAACGGUAACAAUGGGUAGUAUCAGCACUGAGUUGGAUUUUAAAAUAGAACGUCAAAGGAAACAAAAAGAUUGAAAUGGAAAAAAAGUGACUUCUUAUGAGUUGGCACAUUAUUAGAUUUUAGGUGUUACAUAUAUAAGUAUUAGGUUGUGCUGCAUAAAAAUGGCUGAGCUCUUUACAUGAGCGGUCCCCUAGGACAGAUCUUAAUAUAUUGGUAACCAAUAGUGAACAGAACUCUUUAUUGCUGACAUUCUGGUCAAAUCUACAGUGAAAGAUCCCACCUAGAUAAAAUUAAGCUAUUUAUAAAGAAUUUUGUCCAAAAUGAUAAACUAAAUUUAGCAUUUUAUUAUUUGAAGCACCUUUUACACCCCUUCCCCCUGCUCACCCAAAAACAGGGGCACUGUAAAUUUACCUAGAAGAAACAAACAAGAUAUGAAAGCAUUUACAACCAUGGCCCACUGUAGAGCUACCUUUUCUUGUUUCUUGUUGAAAUUUGAGACUUUUUUCAUCUUAGCCUUGUGUUAAAUGUGUAGAAGUUUUCCUUGAGGAAGAGUCGCACCUUAUCUAUUUUAGCUAAAUCACAAAUCAUGUUUUAUUCAUUCGUAGAAAUACUGACAAUUUCCCCCAAUGUUUGUAGCAAAUUGCUAUAUUUUAGGUCCCUUAAUAUUAUACUACGUAUAAGCCUUCAGCCUGUGGCACCGUUCUCAUGUUGACUUUACUAUUUUAUUGUCCAGUAAUUUCACUGAUAAUCAUAGAAAUAAUGGUAAUACUUUAAAUGUCCUUUUCCCUGUAGUAUAUCAUGUUGUUUGUGAUCCAGGUUUCCACUCCAGGUCCCAAUAACAACAGAGAUAUGUUAAGAGUAACAUGAAAGCAGUAUCCGUUAAGGGUUAGCCUGGAGCAUAACAACAGGUUAGUGGCAUCUUGACCAAGACACAGAGAUUACACUUGUCUUUUCAGUGUAAAAUGUUUGAUGAGAUGAGCCACAAAUCCAGCUCUGUGCACAUCAUUUUAAUGACAGAUGGUGUGUGCACCUCUGGAUGCGGACUGAUUCACUGGAUCACGCUGUGCACAGGAUCGGACCACACAAUGUUCAGCCAAAGUGUCCACCAUCACGGCUGAUGUACUGAUGCCAGCGUGCAAGUGCCUUAAAAUGCAGUUCCUCUAAUGGCCACUAAAUGGCUUUAAUUGUUUAAAAAAAAAAAGUCCAAUUGUUUUGAAGUAACUAGGAAAAUUCAAAACUUCUCUCUCAAAGUAUAAAGUCAGGAUUUAUUCCCACAAGAAUUUAUGGCCUCAACAUCUGUUUUCACUUUUCCUAAUGUGUGCCUUAGUGGCAGUUUUGAGAGUCGUUAUUUAGUUAAGAUCAGAUUAGAUCAAAUUUAACUCAGCUUUGUUGUAACAACAAAAUACGGUUAAGCAUCUACCGAAAUCAGAACAAAGAGGAUGUUGAGGCUUAAAGCUCUGGUUUGAACCAGAUUUUUUUUUAAAUUAUAUAUUUUCUCAUCAACCUCUAGUGUUAAUUGCUUGUUUAUUUGCCAGAGGUUGGAGAUCUCCUUCUCUGAGAUUUCUGCUGCCACCCUGAUCCAGUGGAAGUGAAUGGAAUUUCAUCUGUUAAACUCACAGCAUUGGAAAAUUAGAGCAGUUUUCAUUGGAACUGUUUUCAACCAAAUAAAUAGUCCUUAUGAAACCUGUUGAGAACGUGUUCUGCUUUAUUAUAUGGAGGAAAGGGGAGGACUUUAUUUACGGAGAAAAAAGUGCUGCUAGAGUGUGUGUGGUUUUCUUUUUCUUUUUUUCUUUUUUUCUUUGAUGAUGUGAGUACCACAAAUGAAAUUCCAUGCUAAAAUGGGUAUGUUUAAAGCUAUGAUUGUCAGGUGUCUUGGCCUUUCACAGUCAGCCCUCGUGAUUACCUCAACUCCAUGCAGGUUCCUCCACAAUGUCCAUAUUUGGAUCUCCAAAUGACUGACAGGCUGGCAUGGAGCAUCCAGGCAAACUCAAAUCCAGGUUUCAAAAUUAAACGUUGGGCUGAUUCCACAGACAUGGCCGUGUUUUUCAUACAGUCUACAGUCUAUGGUCCAGUUUUGACAUGAUGGGAUACACUGAGAAGACAAGUGUAACUAGGUCAGGGCCAUGAAACCAUUUGUGUCCACAUACAUAGAGUAUAUGUGCCACUGGGUACGUUGAAGAUUGACUUUUCAAAGGUGUCAAAUCCCCCAAACUUAAACCCCUUUAAAUUCUCACCCUGUGUUGACACAAUUGUCAUAGCCUGCAUUUGUGUGCUUCUUUUUAGACAAAGUUGUUGUGUUAUUGUUGAUAUUGACAAAAGGCAGAGAUUGUAUUUGCUGGAAUUUGCUGCUUGAAUGCCCUAAAGCCUUAUAAAGAAGUGAAUAGCAAUUAAGUCAAAUUUAUGUCCAAAAAAAAUUCCAAUAAGACCAAUAAGCAACGUUAAAACAGUCUGAAAUAAUAUGACUGAUAACUAGAAUUUCUAAUUUGAAGAGGAACACGGUUAUUCUAAUUGUGUUCUUGGUACCAAAAUAUUUACCAAGCCUGCUGUGUUUGCUGCUGUGAUUGUCUUUCCUGAGCAUUGAACCUUUGAUUGAAAUGGGAAACCUGGGUUUGGACCAUAGAAUUUUAGAAUUAGAGUUCUAUUGGUGGAACCCAGGUAAACUACAUGUUUGCAGCCAUGUAUAGAAAACAAAAACUACUCGUUAAGUGUUUGAACUGUGGUGUUUCAGAAAGGAUACUUUAACCCUUUUUUCCUUUAGGUGUUCUUAUUUUUAAAAAAUGAAAAAAAAAUAAAUCUAAAGAUGAUAGAUUACCCUUCGGGGCUUUUUGAGUCCCCAAUCCAACAUUAUUACGCUGUUGUACAAUGUCUGGUUACGAUGAAAAAUAUCUCCUUUUUUGUACUGUGAUGGGAAUGAGCAGAUAGGAAGAGCAGUGUGGUUGUACAAUAUUUAAACACAUGAAGGAAAAUGAUGCCGUUCUCUCAUGAUUAAUGGUCAGGGCUUUUAUUUUGAAGAAGAAAAACAUGGGAAAGUAAGAGACAAGAAAAAAAUUAGUUCCUUUGGGAGCAUUUUCUCAAACUGCUCGGUCUCUUUCUGGUCUUUGGCCACCAGCUGGGUUGACAGUCAACCUGUAGAUCCCUCUCAGAUCUAGCUCACAUAUGUCUAAUCCACAAUCUGACACUCCAGUAUCUUCUGUCCAUGGCCAGUAAGGGCAUCAGCUCACUUGCUCCAAGGAGGCCUGCCCUUAGUCUACCCAGUCAACAAUAGGUGGGACUAUAGCAGCCCCACUCUGCUCCUCAGUCCUUGUAAUACUUUAAAAACCAGUUGAGUUGGUGCUGAAUCUCAAAGCCCUUUUUUGUGUUUUACAGGACCAGCUUGUAGCUUUUUGAAAGUAAAACUGUUGAAAAACUGUUGUUGUAGUAAUAAGCUUUGUAAGGCAGCUUAUCACCCAGCUUGAUAGCCCAGUGUAAACCAGAUGAUAAAUUGGGACAAUCUGGGUAAUGAAGCUGUCAACCCAAAAUUAUUUGUUGUUCUGUGAUCAUUUGAAUAGAAAAUGACUAUGAAUCCCUCACUGUGUGCAGUCUAUAGACUGUGAUAUUCCCAGUUUACCCAAAGUUAAACCCCUGCUGACAACACACUGGAUACUUGUAUAUAUGUUUAGUUUGUUUCCAAUGCAUUUCUCUUUUCAGACUGUUGUCUCCAUAGUUUGACACUAGAAUCUCUCCUUCUUGCCUUUCUUCCCAUAUAAAUCUGAUUACCUGAUGGUGGGUUGUGAUGUUGCCUAGAAUGAUUGUUUACAAUUUUAUUCCAUUUAUCUCUGGAUAUUCUGUAAAUAUUGUAAUUCAUUGUCUUUUUUUAACUUGAUAAUAAAGUUAUCAGAUAACGGUU